GUUUGCAUCUGCAGCGUGAGUUAAUACAUACAUUAGUAAGAAAAUGGAGAAGAAUUUGUAUCUCUCACUACUCUUCCUUCUCUCCAUCAUAACGCUACCCACCGCAAUCACCGCCGCAUGCCAAAAGCCAACCGCCGUAUACGCAUUCGGCGACUCCGUCUUCGACGCCGGCAACAACAACAAGCUCGCCACCAUCUGCCGUGCCAACCACGCGCCUUACGGCGUGGACUUCCCGGGCAGAAGCGCCACGGGCAGGUUCAGCAACGGGAAGCUGCCCGGAGACAUUCUGGCCGCCGAUUUGGGCAUUAAGGAUCUGUUGCCGGCGUACGCCGACGCGGCGGCGGAAGCGGAGGAGCUGCUGACGGGCGCCACCUUCGCGUCGUCGUGCUCGGGCCUCGACGACCUGACUGCGGCGGAGGUGGGCGUCCACAGCUUGGAUAAACAGUUUCGGAAUUUCCAAAUGGCGCUCCGAUUAAUGAAGGAGAAGCUCGGGCUUGAGAAGGCGGCGGCGGCGAUGGAGAAUGGUCUCUUCUUGAUCUCAGCGGGCAGCGACGACAUGAUGAAUAAUUACUACGUGCUGCCCACCACAAGGGCUAAGUAUAGCCUCCCUGCCUACCAUGAUAAGUUGCUCAAAAAUCUUGAGACUUUCGUUAAGAAAUUGCACAUGGCGGGUGCGAAAAGGUUAGCGGUGAUGGGGCUUCCGCCGUUGGGGUGUCUACCGGUGGACGUGACGGCCAACUUCCUUCCGUCGCCGCCGUCGCAGAAUGCAAAUGCGAGCCGCGACCCCUUGAGGCGCGAGUGCAAAAGUAAUCACAACUCAGACGCGCAAGAAUACAACGCGAAGCUUGAAGCAUGGGUGAAGAAGAUGAUGGUGGCGAUGCCCAUUAUCAAAAUCGCUUAUAUGGAUAUCUAUAAUCCUAUUAUGGAUAUGAUUAACAAACCCUAUGAAUUUGGAUUCAAGACUACAUUGGAGGGAUGCUGUGGAAGUGGCGCACUUGAAUUGGGACCUCUUUGCAAUUUGGCGUCCAUCACUUGUCAUCAACGAGCAGAGUAUGUUUUCUGGGAUUCAGCUCAUCCUACUGAAACUACUUAUAAGGAUCUUACAAAGAUAUUCAUUGACAAAGUGCUUCCUUCUCUGCUAAAAUAAUUUUUUUUUUAAUUAUUAUUCGAUUGAUUAAUUUCAGAGUCCUAGCUAGAUCGAUUCUCUUAGUUAGCUACUCUAUGUUCCAUUUUCUGAUUUAGUCCAUGUUUGGUUGGGUGUUUUUAGAGGUUGGAAAGAGAUUCAAUUAAUUGAAUACAUUACUUGUUGUUUGGUUUGAGUAAUAAGUUAACUAUUACCCUUACUUGAGGUAACCCAAUAAUCCAAUUUGUUACCCCUCAAAAGAAAGGGAAUCUCUUACUAAUGAUUCAUUUUCAUUGUUUAACUAAACACUCAAUAAAAGUAGUGAUUAUUGUUACCA